AUGUCGCUCAAGCGCAAAGCUUCAUUCCCGACCAUCGCAUCGCCUCAGCCGACCCAGACCGGCAUCGACCGACGGUUCAUGGAUGACAGUCCAAAACAUCUUCAUUGCCGGACACGGAAGCGUGUAAGAAAUGAUCGCCCCGACGAACAGACGGUAUAUGAGAAUACUCUGCGCUGGCUGUACACAGCACAGCAGCGGGUGGAGCAGACGCCCACGCCCCCUGCAGAUCAAAACGAGGACAUGGAACCGGAAUUGCCGACUGCCAUCGACUCUCGUCAACAAUCCCUACUUCAAUUCUUUCGCCCUGUGCAACCAUCCUAUCCUCGCUGCCCUUCCACACCGAUAAGUCAAUCCGCCAGCGGUCCCUCACGAGAUAUUCCCAACACACUGCAAGGCCGCGACAUGAUGGUUGGCUCACCGUCCACAACGAGACUUAGCGGUACGGUGUCACCGGCUUCUCAAACGGCUGACUAUAGUGUGAACAUGGAUAUCCUCUCGGGCAAUGGCGAAUCAGCCGAGAACCCCGGGCAAUGGGUUGGAACCCCGGGAUGGAUGUGA